AUGAAAUAUACAUCCCUUUUUGUAUCCUUCAUAUUGUACCUCUUUUUAAGUGUCCCUUUAUCAGUAUUAAAUAAAAAAAUAUUAGCAAAUAAAAGAAAAAUAAUAAAAGAAUUUGUAGAAAAAAAUAAUUAUGAUAUUAUAUAUCAAAGACAUAUACCAAUCAAAUUAAAAAGGAAAAAUUUAGUAGACUACCAAAUUAAAAAAAACAAAAACAAUAUUAUAAAAUUUGAUAGAAAAAAUAAAAUAAUUUAUAAUGGAAAUCCCUUUUUUAUUAAUAGUACGAAAGCAAAAAAUUGUUUCAAAAAAAAAAAUAAAUCAAAAAGUGUAUAUCUCCUAAAUGUGCAAGGUGGAAAAAGAAUCGAACCAUUCUUGGGAUCACCAAAUAAAUAUGAUAAUCCGACAAAAGUUAUUCAUGAAAUUAUUAUGCAUGACAAAAACAGUUUCUUAUGUAAAUACCACUUGUCUGUAAAAUAUAAUUUUUUUAAAAAACAUAAUGCACUUUUAAAUUGGGAGGCAAUUCAGUAUAUUACAAAAAAAUAUGUUGUAGAGACUUCGAAUUAUUAUGUAGACCAUUUUAUAGACAUAUAUAAAAUAAAUCAGUUUGAAAAUAUAUAUAAUAAUAAUAUUGUUAGUUUUAUUUAUUUAUAUAAAAAAUAUGAAAAAAAAAAAUAUCAAGAAAAGUUUAAUACUUUGGAUUAUGGUAAUUCAUUUAUUUUAGUUUACCCACCCCCGAAUCUUUCAGGACAAUUACAUGCGGGGCACUACCACAAUUUCAUAUAUCAAGAUGUCAUACUUUUGUUUAAUAAGCACAUACUUUCAAAAUAUGCGCUCCCCAUAUAUGGUACGGAUCACGGAGGGCUUAGUGCCCAUGAAAUGUUUUGGAAAUUGUUUUUAAAAAUGAAAGGGGUGAAUUAUAUAAGCAAUUUGGAAUAUAUAACAGAAAUAAGUAAAUGGCAAAAUGAAAUAAAGGACGACAUUUUAAGAAGAUUACAAAAUAUAAAUAUUGUGAUUGAUGAAAAUGAAUUUUAUAAUACUAUGGAUGAAAAUAUGAAGCAUAUAGUUAGUAAAACAUUUUAUAUUUUAUAUAAAAAUAAACUUAUUUUAAAUAAAAUGUAUCCCGUAUAUUAUUGCGACGAUUUAAAAACUAUUAUUCCGAGGCAAGACAUAGAAUUUUAUGAAAAACCAAAGGAAGAAAACAAUAAAAAAUGUGUGGUAAAACUUUAUAUAGUUAGCAAAGACGACAUAAAUAGUGACAAUCCCGAAAGAGCUAACAAAAUAAGUAAAGAGAAUGAAAUAAAUGAUCAAUCGGGAGAUAUUUAUAUAAUCCCUAAAACACAAAAUGUUAUAAAAUAUUUAGAAGAUCCAAAAAAAUUGACAUUAAAUGAGGAGAAUGUUAUUUAUUUAGAAAUCGAAGAUAAAAAUGAUAUCCACAAUUUAAGUGGUGUUUUAUUUAAUUCAAUAAAUAAAGAACAAUUUCAAAAUAAGUAUGCUUAUAUUUCAUCAUGUAAAAAAAUUAUUCCUAUGAUAUAUUGCAAGAGGAGUUACAUAUCUCCAAAUGACGAUAGUGUAAAGGAAAGUGACAAAAAAAAGAAUGUGUUUGCUCCAGUUUUUUCAUUAGAAAGUUGUAGUAAAGAUUGUGAAAACUUUCAAUAUUUUGAGGAUGAUGAAACAAACACAGUAAAAAGGUAUGCCUAUUAUAAAGGACAUAAAUGCAAAUUCGUUCUUUCAGAGCACUGGUAUAUUGAUUAUCAAAAAUUAAGUAGAAUGUUUUAUGAAAACAAUAUUAAUACAAACUUUACAGUAUUACCAACAAAAUAUAAAAAAUACUUUUUUGAUGGAAUAAUAAAUGAUGAUUGGAUAUUAAAUAGGCAAAUUCCAUAUGGGCACAAAAUACCGAUAUAUAAAUAUGAAUGUGAUGAAAAUAUUGAAAAAAAAAAUAUAAAUAAUAAUAAAUUUGAUAAUGACAAUAUUUGUGAUUCAAAUUUUGAAUAUUAUGUAUAUGGGAAUAAUGUAGAAGAGGCUUAUAAUAAUAUGAAAAAGUCUGUAAUUUUUAAAAAUAAAACUAUUAAAAUUGAAAAUUUAAAACAAAAAGAUGUGUUAGAUAGUUGGUUAUCUUCUGCUUUAUAUUUUAUACAUUGUUUAGAUCAAAGUAAAAUAGAUAUUUACAAAUUGCUAAGAGAAAAAGAAUGUUUAGUCGAUUUUAUAUGCACAGGUAAAGAUAUAUUACAUCCAUGGAUUGUAAGAAGUUUUGUUUUACUUUAUUACUUAGUUAAAAAUAAUUAUAUUAAAGAUAUAUUACCAAACCAGUUUAAAAAUAGUGUUGAAAAAAAUGAUUACCAAUUGGCAAAGGUCGUAAAAUUCCAUGGGUUGCUAAAAGAUAAUAUAGGAAAGAAAAUAAGUAAAACUGAUAAAAAUGUAAAAUAUUAUGAUAAAUAUUUAAAAAAUUUAAAUACUGAUACAGUAAGAUUAUCCUUUUGUUUUAUGCAAAAAGAAGACACAGAGGAUGUUAUUUUUUCUGAACACUUUAUUUAUAAAAGUGAAAAAUUUCUUCGAAAGUUAUGGAGUAUAGCUAAUUUUAUAAAAAUCAAUUGUUCUUUUAAUUUAUAUAAUAAAAUAAAAACAAAAUAUAAAUUAAAUACGAAUGAGAAAAUAUCUAACUUUUUAGAGAACCUAGAUUUUCCUAAAAUAGGACAUAUAGGAAUACAUAUUUCAUAUUGCAAUUUAAUUGAUAUGGUUAUAAAAAAUUUAAAAUAUUUUGAUUCAGUUCAAGCUAUUAAUAUAAUCCAUAAUUUUGUUAUGAUAUAUUUUUCAAAGUUUUAUAUUAAUUAUUAUUUGUAUAAUUCAACUAAUGAGUAUACAAAAGAAGUUGGAAAUUUCUUACUACUUCACAUUUUUAAAGGGGUACUUAAAAUUUUAUACCCUUUCAUUCCACAUAUAACUGAAGUGUUAUAUAUUCAAAUUUACAAAAAAGAAAAUAAUGACAUUUCAAAACUGAAACAAAUAAAUGAGCAUCCUUUUCAGCCACUAUCAUCUAACUAUAAUUUUUUUGAAAAUGAAAAUUUCUUACUAAAAAAAAGUGUAAUAAAUAGUACAAACUUUGAUAUGUUCACAAGAUUGUUUAACUAUUUUUCUAAUUUAAAAAAAAGUAAACUACCAGACAAAAAUAGUUUCCAUAUUUAUAUCAAACUUAAUGAUAAGGAUAGUGACUUUCCGCUAAAUCAUUUCUAUCAAGAAGUUUUAUUUUUUAAUAAGCUUUUCAAUAUGGACAUAUCUUUAUAUUCUAAUAAAAUUCCUUUGGAAAAAAACAAUGACAAAGAAAUCGAGAAAAACCAAACAUUACUGUAUAGCAGUAGCGAUUUUGAUGUUAUACUUAUACCUAAAUUGUGA